AUGCAUUGGCUAAAGGAAGAAAGUAACCAUGAACCUGUUUUAUCUCUUAUUCAUCAGAGGGUAACAGAGAGUGAUAAUGAGAAACUGUUGGUGCCGAUUAGGAAGAAGGAGUUGUUAGAAGCUUUGAAGCAAAUGCAUUUGGAUAAAUCUACAAGACCAGAUGGUUUUAAUCUGGAUUUCUACCAACGUUUAUGGGAAGCAUCAGGUCAAGAAAUUAACUUGACCAAGUCGGAGGUGCUCUUUAGUUGUAACAUUAGUAGACCGGAUCAAGAAUAUCUCUCUCGUCUAAUGGGUGUACAACAUGUGCUUGGAAUAAGGACUCACUUGGGGCUGCCAUCUAUGAUUGGUAGAGGCAAAAAGGAAACUUUUUCUUUCAUUAGGAAACGUAUUCGAAAGAGAAUUAACUCAUGGAUUGGGUGA